CUGAUAGAGAAUGGGUGACAUCUACUUUUUGUCUCAGACAUGUUUCACACGUGGCAUUGUUUUGUGAAGGCUUUCGUCCUUCCUUCAUCAUCUUUCGGCCUAGAUCGGUCAGUUUUUUUUCGCUCUCUAAGGCAGCUGAGUACUUUUCCUCAGGUAGUCAACCCUUGGCGGUCCUCAUGCCCUCGCGUGAUUUGCUUCGCGCCGCCGAGUUGCCCCUCAAAGGGCGGGGCAAGAGCGACUGCCGUCCGACGCAGUGAAGUCAUCGGCCGGGCGCGGAGACAUCUUUGGAGCGUACGUGAUUGUGAUUGAAGAUGUGGAUCCAGGUGCGAACUAUGGACGGCAGGGAGACGCGGCACAUUGACGGACUCUCCAAACUAACCCCAGUGCAGGAGCUGAGGGAAAAGAUCCGGGAAGCGUUUGGUGUGGAGGCGGAUCGGCAACGGCUCUUCUAUCGGGGAAAGCAGAUGGAGGAUGCCCAUUCACUUUUUGACUAUAACGUGGGACUUAAUGACAUCAUCCAGCUGCUAAUUCGUCAGGUUGAUCAAGUUGUAUCGAAAGGCACCACGAGAAAGGAAAAAGAUGCAGAGCUCUCUGACACAGACUCUGGAUGUGGUUCUGCACAAAGUGAAUCAGAUAAGAACUCUAAUAGUGGUGAAGCUGCUAUGGACUUGGAUGGACAGGCAGGAACGUCCACUCAGUCAGAUCUCAUUGACCCAGGGUUUGGCUUAUAUAAGAUAAAUGAAUUGAUUGAUGCUCGAGACAUGCAUAUGGGUGCUUGGUUUGAAGCUGUUGUCGUUAAUGUGACACAGGAUGAGAGUGCAACUAAAACCAGUAAUGAAGAGUCUGCACAUUCAAGCAAAGCUACAGAAUCAAAGAUUGCUGCUGAAGAUGUGAUUUAUCACAUUAAAUAUGAAGAUUACCCAGAAAAUGGAAUUGUGCAGCUGCGAUCGAAAGAUAUUCGACCGCGAGCGAGGGUGGUCUUGCAGUGGCACCAGCUUCAUGUUGGACAUGUGGUGAUGGUGAACUACAACCCAGAUGAGCCUAAAGAGCGAGGAUACUGGUAUGAUGCAGAAAUUCUGCGGAAGAGGGAAACCAGGACUACAAAAGAGAUCUAUGCAAAAAUUCUUCUGGGGGAUGCUGGUGAUUCUUUGAAUGAUUGUAGGAUCUCACUGGUGGAUGAAGUCUACAAGAUUGAGGAGCCAGGAAGUAAUGGAAUCAAUGGAUCUGAAAGUCCUGUGAAAAGGCAAAAUGGACCUGAGUGCAAGCAUUGCAAAGAUAACCCUAACAAGGACUGCAAACAAUGUGCCUGUCACAUAUGUGGUGGGAAGGGUGACCCAGAGAAGCAACUGUUGUGUGAUGAGUGUGAUAUGGCCUAUCAUACCUACUGCCUCAAUCCUCCUCUCGCUAGUAUUCCAGAAGUUGAAGACUGGUAUUGCCCUCUGUGCAAGAAUGAUGCUAAUGAAGUGGUGCUAGCUGGUGAGAAGUUGAAAGAGAGCAAAAAGAAGGCUAAGAUGGCUUCUGCUAACUCUGCCUGCCAGAGAGACUGGGGCAAGGGAAUGGCCUGUGUAGGCCGCACAAAAGAAUGUACAAUUGUUCCUUCUAACCACUAUGGGCCUAUUCCUGGUGUUCCAGUCGGCACUCAAUGGAAAUUCAGAGUCCAGGUGAGUGAAUCUGGUGUUCACAGGCCGCAUGUGGCAGGAAUUCAUGGCCGAAGUAAUGAUGGAGCAUAUUCCCUUGUGCUUGCCGGUGGCUAUGAAGAUGAUGUGGAUCAUGGCAGUGACUUCACCUAUACAGGAAGUGGUGGACGUGACCUUUCUGGAAACAAACGUACAGCAGAACAAUCAUGUGAUCAGAAACUGACCAAUAUGAACAGGGCUCUAGCUCUUAACUGUAACGCUCCCAUUAAUGAUAAAGUGGGAGCCGAUGCUAAAGAUUGGAGAGCUGGAAAAUCAGUAAGGGUUGUGAGAAGUGCCAAAGGCCGUAAACACAGCAAGUAUGCACCAGAAGAAGGGAACCGUUAUGAUGGUAUUUAUAAGGUGGUGAAAUACUGGCCUGAGAAGGGAAAAUCUGGAUUUUUGGUAUGGAGGUACCUAUUGAAAAGGGAUGAUGAUGAACCAGCUCCGUGGACCAAAGAUGGCAAGGAGAGGAUGAAAAAGCUAGGUUUAACUAUGCAGUACCCCGAAGGUUACCUUGAUUCAGUUGCCAAUAAAGAGAAAGAGAAAGAGAAUAAAAAGAGGGAUGAUGAUCCUGAGCCAACACCGAACAAAAGGAAAAGAAAAUCUGAUGCAGGUAUGGACAGGUGUUCGUCAACCCCAUCACCAAAAGGCACACCCAAAAAACUGAAGGUGGAAGCAUUCAAGUUGACAGCGGAACAGAAAAAACUCAUAAAAGAUGAUCAAGUUAACAAGAAAGUAUGGGAUGAAGCACUUCUGUCCCUUAAGGAUGGUCCAAAAUUCCUAUCAAAAUUGGAGGAAGCAUUCUUGUGCAUUUGCUGCCAGGAAGUGGUAUUCCAGCCAAUUACAACAGACUGUCAACACAAUGUCUGUAAAAGCUGCUUACAACGUUCCUUCAAGGCCGAUGUGUACACCUGUCCUGCUUGCCGCUAUGACAUUGGCAAAAAUUGCAACAUGGCAGUGAACAAAUGCCUGCAGACUCUUCUUACCCAACUAUUUCCAGGAUAUGGUAAUGGACGGUGAUGCCUUUGUCUUCAGAUUAUUUCUUGCCUUUUUGUUGCUGAUUUUGAUUUUUUUUUUUAAAGAACAUGGCUAUUCUGGCCUGUGUAAUUUGACUGGAGGAAAGAUUGACGAAUGAAUCCAGGGUAACUGACUUUCUAUUCUGCAAUCUUUCUGUAUAGCACAUAUGAACUUCAAAAUCUUUGUGCUUUUUUUUUGUUUUUAGUCUAGGAGCUUGUCUAGAUGUGCAGACCAAUAUUAUUGGUGUAACAAAAAAAAACUUUUAAAAAUUGCUACCUCAAAGUGGUGAUAAUUUUCUGGGAUUUUCUUUGGCCAGUGUAGGUUCAGCUGAACACUGCCUAUCUAGUCAGCCUUGAUUCUCUUUGCUUAAUAAGUUAAGCCAUCACUUAAGUGCCUUAGUCCUCUUGAAGGCUGGGCUGUGAUUGACUUCCUAGCACUGAUUUUGUUUUAAACUGCAAAUAGCACAUUUGUUGACAAACUUAGUUGUGCAGGUCAAAAUUAUUUUAACAGGGAAUAUACAGGUUUUUUGCUGUUUUUUUUUAUAUAGAACAGUAACCUCUUAUUUGUGGUCUUCAUCACUUAUUGAUACUUAUUGAACUGUUAAUGGUCUUUUUUCCACCCUGGUUAACUGUGAAAAGCAAUCCUUUAUUAAUUGAAAUUUGUGAAAGGGGGAUGUAACCUGGGCAAAAGAGGACCUGCAACGUAUAUGUUUGUACUUGUAAAUUUAUUUUUCAUACAGGCACCCUCUUUCUCCAAUGGCAAUACCAAAGGAUGCAGUAUGGUACCUCAACAUUGCAUAGACAUCAUUGCAUACAUGAUUUAGGCUUUUAUGGAGUUAGACCAUACAUAAUCUAAUUUGUUAAUUCUUUUUAUAAAAUGUUGUUUAAGGGUGCUAAAUCAAUACUAAAAGGCUGUGGAACCUUGUGAACUUCAACAGAAUUUUUUUUCACUCGGUAUAUACUGUGUCUAUAUGCUGCCUUAAAAUAAAGUUUCUUGCUUUUCA